AUGUCAACAGCCGCCUACCCCGUGGUUGUGUUCGUCCACGGGGAAUCCUACGAGUGGGGAUCCUCAAGCCUCUACGAUGGGUCCGUCCUGGCUGCCCUUGGUCGGGUCAUCGUCGUCACUAUCAACUAUCGUCUUGGAAUACUCGGUUUCUUCAAUCCCAACGUGGACACAGUGGGCCGCCCUACCGUCGCUAACUACGGGUUGAUGGACCAGCUCGCGGCUCUACACUGGGUACAGGAGAACAUCGUGAGGUUUGGCGGUGAUCCGGGCCACGUGACUGUCAUGGGCCAUGGCACGGGGGCCGCCUGUCUCAACUUCCUUGUCAUCUCCCCCGCUGCUGCUGGCGCGGGACUGUUUAAGCGAGCCAUCCUUAUGUCCGGGUCAGCGCUGAGUCCCUGGGCGGCCGUACAGGAACCCGUAUACUACGCUGUUCAGGCUGCUCGUCAGCUCAGUUGUCAAGUCCCAGACGACCUCUACCGGCACUUUGAGGCUCUUCUUCACUGCCUCCGAGACCGCACCGUCGACCAGAUUCUGCAGGUGGAUCUUGAAACACCCCAGUUCCUGUCAGCCAUUGGACCCAGUAUAGACGGCGUGACCAUCAGGCUGGACUGGAAACAACAACACGCUAAAAUGGGUCAGGAAGGCCGUACACCUGUUGACCUGCUACUAGGGAUCACCGCCACUGAUCUCCUGCAGGUAUUUAGCGACACUGAGAUCCAACAUGGUUUCGAGGCGGACCACCGAGACCGUCUUCUACGUACCUUCGUCACUAACAACUAUCGCUACCAUCUACAGGAGAUCGUGUUGGCCAUCACAGCGGAGUACACAGACUGGUCACGACCCGUCCAGCACCCAGUCAACAUCCGGGACCUGACUGCAGAGGCGAUACACGAUGCCUCCUUCGUCUCCCCCGUCACCGUCUCCGCCAACCAGCUCCAUACUCUGGCCAGGUCGUCUUAUCUCUACGUCUUAGACUACCGACCUGACGAACCUGACCCCUUGACUGGACCUGACAUGCCCCUCAACGAGCUAGUGUACGUAUUCGGGGCGCCGCUGGGGUCACUGGGCCCUUUGUCAGCUGGCCUCAACUUCACCAACACGGAGGUGGCCCUAAGUGAGGCGGUCAUCACUAUGUGGACCAACUUUAUCAAGACUGGGAACCCGAACGAGAGCGGCACCGGGGAGCCCUGGGACACACCCCGGGACAAGCAACGUUACCGUUCUCAAGAGUGGGCCAGCUAUGACCCCGUUCAUAGGAGAUAUCUGGACCUUGGAGGUCGUGGUCGUGUGCGUGACCACUACCGCGCAGGUCGUGUGGCACUGUGGUCUUGGUUGGUGCCAGGGCUGGAGAGGGUUGGCUCUCGCUACGGCCCUGACUCUCCUUUCCACAAGCUACCUAACUACCUGCAGCCCGACACGUUCUCAGGACCGACUCGCCCCACCAACCUGUCUAGUAACUUCCUCCCGCCGCCCACCACCCAGCCACCCACUACCCAGCAGGUGUCCACCACCACACAGAGUACCCUGCGACCCACCGAAAUGGUCAUCGUCAACUCCAGCAGCGUCGCCGGCCUUCUGGAGAACAUUGACGGUAAUCCAAAGUUCCAGGGUGGCUUCCCAUACACCACUGCUCUCAGCCUCACUGUUGCCAUCGGCUGCUCCCUUCUGAUUCUAAACUUGCUGGUGUUUGCUGCCGUCUAUUACCGUCGAGACAAUUCUCGCCAGGCGUUCAGCAAAGCCAGUCACGACGGCAGCAGCGACAGUGGUAACGAUGUCCAACUUCAUCCUACAUGUGAGCCUUGUAAGCCCAUCUCGCCCUCACACUAUGGCACUCUGCGCUCUUCAGCAACGCUGCGCAGUAGCCUGGCCACAUCUUUCGAGGGUGACCCACAGCACGAGUGGCCACCGGACUACACCAGCAGCUGCCAGAGUGGUGAAGACGGUGCUCUCUGCGCCCCAGGAGGCCAGUGCUUGAUGCCGGGGGCGGGUCAACCCCAUAAUGGCACAGCAUCCCGACGUGGUGUGCAGAGACAAGCUCUGAGCUACAACCCUCACGUUGACACCCAACUCUCCCCCACGUCCUACACCCAUGAUGACACUCCCGACAUGCACGUCUGAGGCAACACCUGAGUCCUGUAUGGUGGACCGUCAGUACCACUGCUUGUUAUUAUUUUUCAUUAUAUUUGUUGUUUUAGUGUGGCCAGCGACAGCCAGACCGUGCCAACACAUUAUGUAUAAAUGGACUAUGUAUACAUAUAUCAUAUUAAAGGCACUGUUAACUAGUAAGAAAAGUAAAAUAUGAGUGUUCAGAGUGUUGCAAGUGACUUUUGUGUCGAUUGAAAUAAAAAUAUACUUUGUAUUAAACUUGAGUACAGAAGGUAAUAUUGUAUGCUUCAUUAAAGCUGUGAGCGUUCCACCACAAUCGACUGAUAUUUAAUGAACAUUGUAAUCGUGAAAGCAGAAAAAAACCUUCGUAUUUCAAGGUGAAACAAGAAAUAUUUUCAAGAAGUGAAGCAGACAGCAGCCACUUGUGUGAACCAGCUAUGGAAGGCCACUGUCACUAGUGGUUGGCGGGACUGUGCGACACAAGUUAUAUAAAAAUUCCUUGUCAAAUCUAACAGAAUCCAUACAGUUCACUUUAAACUAACAUAGAAUAAGUUUGGUUGUCUUUGCUCUUGUGGAAUUAAAACAAAAAACAAAAAAUACACUUUUCCAAAGUUAACCAAACGUGACUUUAUGUAAAAUAUUUUAUUCAUGAUUUGGUAGGGUUAGUUUAGCUGGAUAUUGUACAGUAAACUUUAGAAUACUGUAUAUGUCAAUAAGGACUAUACCCGUUAGUUACGUCAGUCUCAAGGGAUAGUGGGCUUCAAUCACUGGAAAAUAAAUGAGGCUGUUAGUUGUGAUGGAACCCGCAAGGUGGCACUGGCGACCAAAGGUAAACAAACACUCGUCAAGACUCAAGUGUGAUAAACUCUUAGUGUAUAUAACAGAGUCACGAGACCGGGUACUAUGGCGGGCAGCAGCGGCCGGUCACCUGGAGGCAGUAAAGGCCCUGAGAGAUAGUGGUGCUGAUGAUGAUUGGACGUGGGAUGAGAGGCCCAAGUUAUUCAUCUGCCUGGGAGACCAAGUUAUUCAUAUUUCUGGGAGACCAGGUUAUUCAUAUGCCUGGAAGACCAAGUUAUUCAUCUGCAUGGGAGACCAAGUUAUUCAUCUGCUUGGGAGACCAAGUUAUUCAUCUGCCUGGAAGACCAAGUUAUUCAUCUGCAUGGGAGACCAAGUAAUUCAUCUGCCUGGGAGACCAAGUUAUUCAUCUGCCUGAGACACCAAAUUAUUGUAUCAUUCCCAAGCUACAUUGUUUGUUUCUCUUAUCAUUAGUUUAGACAGGAGGGUCAUUAUAGAAGCUAAAUUAUUGAGCAACACCCCACAAUAGAUCAGUCAUUAGCUCAAUGUAUACAAUUAUAUUCUACAUCAUUACACUAAUUACAGUUUUAUUAUUUUUAGUUAUAGGAAUAGUAAAAAUACUUGUACCUUUUAUUUACUGUUUAAUUGAUCAAGUUUACCAUACAUCUGCUAUGACAUUUGUCCAGUGGUAGUACAGGUAGUCUAACACUGGUGGCUGUACAGGUAGGCUAACACUAGUGGUAGUACAGAUAGGCUCACACUGGUGGUAGUACAGAUAGGCUCACACUGGUGGUAGUGCAGAUAGGCUCACACUGGUGGUAGUGCAGAUAGGCUCACACUGGUGGUAGUGCAGAUAGGCUCACACUGGUGGUAGUACAGAUAGACUCACACUGGUGGCUGUACAGGUAGGCUAACACUAGUGGUAGUACAGAUAGGCUCACACUGGUGGUAGUGCAGAUAGACUCACACUGGUGGUAGUACAGGUAGGCUCACACUGGCUAACUUUAAUGUAUCAAGUGUUCUCAUUAUCACCCAAGAUUCUGACCUUGUAAGGCUACAGGUGUAAGGGUAUGGAUUAGUGACAAUGUUGUAGGAUUUUUCAGGAGUUUGUUGUAGGAUAUUUAAAUGGAUCUUGUAGGAGCUAUAGUCUUGGUAUACUUUUUCCCUCCAGAUCACGAGAUUUUUGCCUCUUCAUCCUCCUCCUCCUCCUCUUAACCAUACUCUCCUCCUCCUCCUCUUAACCAUA